AUUCAUAUUUACAGCUAUCGCACGGAAAGAAAACCUCAAAAAGCCAAAAUCAAACAUGAGUUUUGGAACACAUUAACACAUUGAGUUAUAUCCUGCAAAUCCUCUAAACCAGAAGACAUCAUUUCAUGCUACUUGUGAGGAUGUUUUGGCUCAGAAUUUUGAGUUGUUUUUGUGUGAUCAUUACUUCAACUUAUAUUAAGAGGUUAUUUGUGUUAUGGUGUUUUAAUAAUCUUGUAAAUAAGCAGUUGUUUUUAUGAUAACUGGCUAUAAACACAAACCUUUAGUGGCCUGAGGCUUAUUUUUUCCUUUACUGUUAUUACAUAAAUCAAAGUAUAAAUCUGACAAAUUGUGAUUUAAAGAGCCCAGUGUAGAAAGAAGGAUAAACCUGUAGAAUAAUGCUUGCUGUUGCACUGUGGUUUCUGUCAGCAUGCAAACACAAUGUCAAUUUGUUUGACAAGAAUCUUGACAUGUUUCAACAAAAACAGUCUCUGAGAUUCAGGUUUCUGUUGAAGAAUGACCUAUUAAUGAACCAUCACCUCUAACCAUAGAGUGCAACAACAAAACAAGCUGACACCCUCACAUUUUGAAGCACAGCGAGUUUCAGACUUGAGAGUGUCUGAGAGGUUAUUUCACCACUCAAGCUUGGAGUGGGGAACAACAACAGCAGCAUGGCAAAACUAACUCACCUGUGUGUGCUGCUUUUGUGGGCAGGCCAAAAACCAGCCCUGACAGCUACCCCAGAGGGACUGCGGGUGAGACAGCAACCCCCCCUCUCUCAGUGUGAUGCGGGGUGAAACGGCAACCCUCUCCUGUCAUUUCAAAGUUGAAUCCCUGAAGUAUGGGGUUCAGUGGUUCAAAAUGAAGUCGGAAAAGCAGCUCAUCCCAAAGUCAUCCAGGCAGUUCGUUGUGGAGAAGAAUCAAACUUCCUCCCUGGUGAUCGCUGAGGUAACACUGGAGGAUUCUGGGUGGUAUUAUUGCGAGGUCAACGUCCUGCAGAAAGACCCAGAGUGGGGCAACGGGACCGAGCUGGUUGUGUUUGCACCACCGUCUGCACCCCAGAUUUACCUCCAGAGUCCCACAGACCCUCACACUGGUCAGUGGGCUCUCUUCUGUCUCACUGGGGGCUUCCACCCAAGCGAGCUGACCCUCACCUGGACGUACCAGAGUGCAGGAGCCAUUAUUGAUCACCUACCACUCACCAACUGCACCCUCCCAGCGCCCCACCCUCAUGCUGAGCUGUCUGAACACCUGACUGAUGGAGCUGUGCUGUCUUCAGACCGGUUGGGGAACCCAAAGUGUUUCCAGGUGACGGACAACCACAGCCGGGAAGCGUAUCUCUUCAGCGUGUUCCUCCUCCCACAGAAGGAAUCCUUGGAAACAGGGAUCACCUUCACAUGUAGCGUGCAGGACCACCCUGCAAGGACCGCGGCUUUGACCACCUCUUUCACUUGGGAUGCCUCCCCCAAUGAGCUGAUUGGACACUUGAACAUUUUCAAGAUGUGUUUCCUCUCUGCUGUGACCGCCAUCUUUUUAUUGGAAGAAUGGAUGCUUCAUGCAUGA